AUGCUUCCAAAUACAUAAUAGAUUUUCUAAAAUAUCUAAAAUCAAGAACCAAAUCAAAUUGGUUUCCCUUCUAUGUAAAGAGGUAUACCUAAAACCUAAACUUAGUAAAUAAAAUCCUACAAAAGAGUUAUUGAAAAUGUUUAUGUAAGUGAUGAGGAAUUAAGAUAAGGGGAAGGAGAUUUUGAUCUAAAUCUUAAAAAGGCUAAGUAUUUCAUGUAAUAGGACAGCUAUAAAGAUGCAAUAGAUAGCUUAAAAAAAGCUAUAGAACAAAAUCCGAAUCAAAUUCAACCUUAUUUAUUACUAGGCGAGUCAUUUAGAUCCAGCCAAAAAUUCGAAGAAGGUUUAAAGUAUUUUGAAGAAUUGGAGAUAAAAAAUCCAAAAAUUGAUGUAGUUACUUCAGAAAAAGCUAAGUUUAUGUGUGAACUUAAUAAAUUCUAAGAGGCAAUCGAAAUUUUUAAGGAGAUUGAAGAAAAAAAUCCUUCAAAUAAUACAUUUUUUAGUUAUUGGGCUUUUGCACACAACUGUAUCAAAUAGCAUGAUUUUGCUAUUUAUUACAGCAGAGAAGGGUAAAAGGCAGAUCCAUAUGAUUGGUUCGCUCCUUAUAAUUUAGGUUAUGCAUUCCUUAAAAAGAAUAGAAUAGGCACUGCUAUUUAAUUUUUAAAUGAAGCUUAAGAAGUAGAAGAAAAAAUAGAAAUAUCACUAGCUCUUGGACAAGCUUAUCUAGAAAAUCAAGAAUUUUUUAUUGCAGAAGAUCUAUUUUAAAGAGCAAUAGACAAUAACCCUAGUUGUAGUUAUUUGCCAUAUUAUUAUAUGGCAAUAACUUAAAAAUAACUUAAAAAAUAUGAUGAAGCUUUUGAGCACAUUUCUUUUGCAGAUGAUUUAAAUCCUAAUAAUGAAGAUAUUCAAAAGUUAAAAGCUGAAAUUGAAAGGUUAAAAUGA